AGUGGAUAUACCACUUUAUCUUCUUUAUAGCACUACUGGCCAAUAUGAGUUAAAGCAUUAAAAGGUCGUGAACGCGGAUGCUUGACGAGCGAGUGUUUACUUGUUAAUUUUUUUAGAAGGAAUCUGGAAAAGAAUAAAGUCAUCUAUUUCACUUUGGGACACCAUUCCUCACCUCUCCCCGCCCGAGCUCUCUCCCUCGCUCCCUCUUCCGCCUCUCGGAAACCGCCGCAUCCAUUAAGGCUUCAGAUUUCUGCCAGAAGUGAUUUUUUUUGGUUGGCCAAAACCCCAUGGAUGCCAAUAAUUGGAGGCCCACUGCCCCAGGCGGAGAACCUGUGAUGGACACAGGUGAUUGGAGAACUCAAUUGCAGCCUGACUCACGGCAAAGAAUAGUCAACAAAAUAAUGGAGACAUUAAAGAGGCAUCUUCCGUUUUCUGGUCAGGAGGGAUUACAAGAACUCAAGAAAAUUGCCGUACGGUUUGAGGAAAAGAUUUAUACUGCAGCCACCAAUCAGUCUGAUUAUCUGCGUAAAAUAUCUCUGAAGAUGCUUACAAUGGAGACCAAGUCUCAAAAUACCAUACCCACUGGCAAUGGUAACAAACCCCUGGAUCCAGGAGCAUCUCAUAGUAUGCCGCCUCAAGUUCACAACCAAGGGCAAUCGCUCCCUAUCUCAUUGUCCAGUAAUCAGCCUCAAGCACGUCAGCAGUUAUCACAAAACAUGCAGAAUAGUAUGUCAUCUAAUGGAGUUCAAAGUUCUGCUGGUUUACAAUCAGCAAUGCCUUCUGUCUCCAGUUUAACCCAGACUAUCGCAAACACUGUUGGACAGAAUGCUAACAUGCAGAGUAUCUCUGGUGUUUCACAGAACCCAGUUGGGAAUUUAAUGGGACAAGGGACUCCCUCCAAUAUGUUUGUCAAUUCUCAGAGACAAAUGCCAGGCAGGCAGCAGGUUGUUCCUCCACAGCAACAGCAGCUGUCCCAAAAUCCUCAGCAGUAUCUUUAUCAGCAGCAGAUACAACAACAGCUUUUAAAGCAGAAGCUUCAACAGGGAAAUCAUCCACACUCACUUGUGCAAUCUCACAUCCAGCAGCAGCAGCAGCAGCAAAACUUGUUACAGCCAAAUCAGUUGCAAUCUGGUUUGCAAACAUCAACUGUUAUGCAGCCUUCAAUGAUGCAAACCGUCUCUGGUCUUCAACAGAACCAACCAUCUUCUGUUCAACAGUCAACACAACCAAUGCUCCAGCAACAUCCACAAUCAGUCCUCAGGCAGCAGCAACAACCUCAACAGUCUGCUGGUAUUCAUCAGCAGCAAACACCAAUGAUGCAGCAGCCACUAUUGCCUCCACAACAGCAGCUAAUGGGGCAACAAUCAAAUACCACUAACAUGUCGCAAAAUCAGUUAAUUGGACAGCAAAACAUUGUUGGGGACUUGCAGCAGCAGCAGCUAGGGCAGCAGAAUAACCUUCAAAAUCUGCAGCAGCGGCAGUUAAUGGCUCAACAAAAUAACCUCUCAAGCAUGCAUCAGCAGCAGUUGGGCCCUCAAAGUAAUGUCACUGGUUUACAGCAGCAGCAGUUGCUUGGAGCUCAGCCUGCAUCCCUAGAUUCUACAGCAGAGAUUGGACAUGCAAAUGGUGCUGAUUGGCAAGAGGAGAUCUACCAAAAGAUCAAAGUUAUGAAGGAAACGUAUUUGCCUGAAAUAAAUGAAAUGUACCAGAGAAUUGCUACCAAGUUACAGCAGCAUGACCCUCUUCCGCAACAACCAAAGUCAGAACAGCUUGAAAAGCUGAAGGUAUUGAAGGUCAUGUUGGAGCGCAUGAUAACAUUCUUACAGGUCUCUAAAAACAACAUCACACCUAAUUUCAAGGAGAAAUUGGGUUUCUAUGAGAAGCAGAUUGUAGGUUUUCUAAACCCAAGCAGAUACAGGAAGCCUAUUCCUAAUCUACAGCAAGGACAACCUCCCCAACCUCGUAUUCAACCUAUGCAGCAACCCCAAUCUCAAGUUCCUCAAUUGCAGUCCCAUGAAAAUCAACUGAUUCCCCAGUUGCAAUCAAUGAAUACGCAAGGUUCUGUACCACAGAUUCUACAAACACAACAGCUUAAACGAUUGCAGCAACGCCAGAAUUUAAUGCAGAAUCAACAGAUGCAGCAGCAGCAAUUACACCAGCAAGCUCCAUCUCCUAUGCCAGGAGAUUCUGACAAACCAGUUUCUGGUAUUUCCUCACUCUUAAAUACUGGAAAUAUUGUACACCAACCAUCUGUUGCACAAGCACUGGCUCCAUCCCUUGCAAUUGGCACUCCUGGGAUAUCUGCAUCACCUUUGCUUGCAGAGUUUACCAGUCCUGAUGGUGCUCAUGGCGGUGCUUUGACAACUGUUUCUGGAAAGUCAAAUGUUACAGAGCAAUCACUUGAGUGCUUGAUUAAAGCGGUGAAAUCUCUGUCUCCCAAAGCACUUAGUGCAUCUGUCGGUGACAUUGGCUCCGUUGUCAGUAUGAUUGACAGAAUUGCUGGUUCUGCAGCUGGUAAUGGAUCUAGAGCUGCAGCUGGUGAGGAUUUGGUAGCAAUGACAGGAUGUCAUCUUCUUUCGUUUUUGUCUUUUUUAUUUUUCACGUGUUUCUCACAAGAAGGGAACUCGAGGGAAUAAAAAGUGCUGGGAAGUAAUUUUUGUUGGAACUUCUUGUGUAACAUCUUCGUUCGAUGAUGACCUCUUGGAUUGCUGCAUGAAGCUUGUUCCGCUUUAAAUUUCAAGGUAAUCUAUUGCUAUGA